UCGCUUUCGUUCCAACCGUUACGCCCUUGUUCCGGAUUCCAUGCGGAGGACGUCGUCAUUUCCUUCAUCUCCAUCUCCUCUUUCUUCCCCCAGAAAAGAAGAAGAUUUCCAUUGGAGAAAGAAAAAGAGAGACGAAAAGAAAGCGAUCAAGAAUCAAAUUGGAGAAAGAAGAAGAGAGAGACGAAAAAAAAGCGAGCGCGAUUAAAAGAAGAACGAGAGACGAAUCCGAUCGGACUGGAUCGCCGGCGAGCGGGCGGCGCCGGAGGAGGAGAGGGAGAUGGAGCGGGGGAGGGCGGGGAGCCCGCUGUACGUGCGGCAGAAGAGCAUAUCGAGCUCGUCGGGCGGCGGGGGGGCUUCAUCGCCGAUGAUGUCCCCGAUGCACCGCCAUGCCCGCACGGGCUCCUCCGGCGUCGCCAACUUCCGCCGCCAGCAGAACACCGCCGCCCGCGCCGCUGCCCAGCGCCUCGCCCACGUCAUGGCCCACCAGCCUGCCGGCGACGACAGCGACGAUGACGAGGACCUCAGCACCCCCCUCCCGGAGCUCUCGACGCCCCGCCGCGCCGCCCGCUCCCCCUCCCCUGCGAUAGGUCGUUACCUUGCUGAGCAAACUUCAACUCUUCGUCCUACAUCAGCUGGUCGACCAUCUAUGGUGGCAAAACCAACUACUUUGAUACCACCCAUUAAACCAUCACCAAGACCAGUUAUUACAACAUUGGCAUCAGAGUCUCCUAUUGUUAAUCGAAGAGAGAAAAGGAUGUCUGUUGAUUUAGGAAAUUUGAAUUUGAAAGAAGCUGCUCAAACACGUUCCUCUUCUGUUCUUCAAGAUGAGAUUGACAUCCUUCAGGAAGAAAACGAAAGCCUUCUUGACAAGCUUCGAGUUGCAGAGGAAAGGUGUGAAGAAGCAGAGGCAAGGGCUAGACAAUUUGAGAAACAGGUUGCUUCAAGAGCUGCUAUGCAAACAAAUGGUCCUAACAAUAAAGAGGUUGCAUCUCUUCGAAUGAAAGCAAAGAUUGCUAGAGAUGAGGCUGCAUCCCUUACUGAACAUCUUCAAGAAGCAGAAUUGGAAAUCAAAUCUCUUAGAACAUUGGCACAGAAAAUGAUUUUGUCUCCAGAAGAAAUGGAGGAGGUUGUUCUCAAGAGGUGCUGGCUUGCUCGAUAUUGGAAAUUAUGUGUCAAUUAUGGCAUACAUGCUGAUGUUGCUGAAACAAAGCAUGAACACUGGUCAUCCUUGGCUCCGGAUCCUAUGGAAAUUGUCUUAUCUGCUGGACAGAAGGCUAGAGAUGGAAAUCUGUCAGAAAUAGCUGAUAUAGAGGAGAAGGACAAAGUGCCAUUGAAUGUAAACGAUCUACCUGGAGAGGAAAAUAUUGAGAGCAUGCUUUUAGUUGAGAAAGGCUUGCGAGAACUAACUUCAAUGAAGGUAGAGGAUGCUGUCCUUUUUGCAAUGGCUCAACAUCGACAUGCAAGUAUCAAGUCUGGAUCAUUCUCAGGUUCAGUUGCAGUUGAAGGUCAAAUUCCUGUGGAAGCAAUUGAAUUGAGUCAGGAGGAGUCUGAAGAUGUGCUCUUCAAGCAGGCUUGGCUUACAUAUUUCUGGCGGAGAGUCAAAAACCAUGGCUUGGAAGAGGACAUUGCAGAUGAACGUUUGCAAUUUUGGAUUGAGCAAAAUAACCACUCCCCUACCUCACAUGAUGUGGUAGAAGUUGAGCGUGGGCUUUUGGAGUUAAAGAAGCUGGGAAUUGAAUCCCAGCUGUGGGAAGCAGCACGGAGAGGGAGUGAUCAAGAUGCCGGAAGUCAGGCUGAUUCAGAGCUUUGAGUUGGCUGACAAAGCAUUUUAUCCAAAUGUAGAUCAAUGACAUUAGGAGAGGUUGCGCAUUCCUCUUCUGCUCAUGAAUGAUGAAGAUGCUGUGCUUCCAUAGGAGCAUCGGAUGUUUGCAAGGCUCUACUGCUCUGCAGUUUCGUUUGUCAGUGAACGAAAACAUUGCUUUGCAGUGUGGCAGUCAGUGACCAAAGGAGUGGUUCAUGAGUGAACCCUGGAGAUGUUAUGAAUUGUUGAAAUUUCAGACGCAAAUCAUUACAUUGCUUUUUGUAUUUUCCCUCGUUAUCUGCCUCAUGAUUGUUUAGUUUGACUUUUGCACACCGUUAUGAUAAUGUAAAAACUAAAUAGUAUAUUGAGCGUAUGUAAAAAGUUUAAACUUCCAACUCAAACGAAAGCAGU